UUUUUCACUGGCUGAAGAUCCUGAUUCUCCAAAAUUGUUGCUCAACAUUUUGGUCCUCUUCUAUUCUAUGGUUCUUGAAGAUACAAAUCAUUGAAAUUCCAUUCCUUUAAGCAAGAUUUUCAUUCCAACUAGCUCUAUCCCACACAUCACACACCCUCCAAUUCUUCUUAUAAAAAGGAGCAAUCUUUGCUUCCUCAUUUCAAAAUCAUCUCUUCCUUUGAGUCUUAUUGUCUAAACUAUAUAUAUCUUCCACAUUUUUUAAUACCCUUUUCAAACCUUAAGAAUUACAAACAAUUUUUUUCUCUCAAAAUCACUAGUCUCAAUGGCAUCAAGUUCAAUGUCAGCAUCAGGUUCAUGGAGUACUAAGGAAAAUAAGGCAUUUGAAAGAGCAUUGGCUGUUUUCGAUAAGGACACGCCCGAUCGUUGGUCGAACGUCGCCCACGCCGUUGGUGGAGGGAAGACUGCUGAUGAAGUUAAGAGACACUAUGAACAUCUUCUUAGGGAUGUUAGGCACAUUGAAUCAGGUCAAGUUCCAUUCCCUAAGUACAAGAACAUUGGAGGCUUAGAUGAAGAGAAAAGGCUGAGAAACCUGAAGCUCUAGUGACCAAUUAAAUUAAUGGUGUCAACAAUAAAGAAUUUCUAGAUUCUUACUUUCUAGCAAAUUUUUUAUUUUUAUUUUUAUUUUUAGAAUCAUUGGAUUAGGUAACUAUGAUGUUACAUAACAUGUAAUGCCAGUGAUGUAGCAUUAGUGAGAAUAGUUGUCAUAAGAAUCAUAUAUCCCAUGAUUCCAUGUUGCACUUUCUUGUCGUUGGAAUAUCAACGAUUCUGCUUUUGUUCUCACCUUUAAUAAAAUUAUAAUUUUAUGUACUUA